AUUCCUUUAUGCAGAGACCUAUGGCCCCUCUGUGUCAUUCUGCUCCAGAAUCUUACCUCAAGAUCCCAUCUUUGGUACCAUCUGGCAUAGCACCAGAAUACCGUCUUAGUAGAAAUCCAUCUCUGCUCUGCCUCGCAUGAAGAUGGAGGCAAAUCCAGCAUCCCGCUUUGAGUGAAACUGUCCCAAAGCCAAGAGUCUAGGACUCCCGAACACCAUCAAGAUGGUGGGUGAAGGCCCCUACCUCAUCUCAGACCUGGAUCGGCGAGGCCAGCGGAGAUCCUUUUCUGAGAGAUAUGAUCCCAGCCUGAAAACCAUGAUCCCAGUGCGACCCCGUGCAAGGUUGGCACCCAAUCCCGUGGAUGAUGCUGGCCUGCUGUCCUUUGCCACGUUUUCCUGGCUCACACCUGUGAUGAUUCAGAGCUACAAGCACACGCUGACUGUGGAUACCCUGCCCCCACUGUCACCAUAUGAUGCAUCUGACAUCAACGCCAAGAGAUUUCAGAUCCUUUGGGAUGAAGAAAUAGAGAGGGUGGGGCCAGAGCAGGCCUCUCUGGGCCGUGUUGUCUGGAAAUUCCAGAGGACCCGGGUCCUGAUGGAUGUCGUGGCCAACAUCUUGUGUAUCAUCAUGGCAGCUUUAGGGCCGACAGUUCUCAUUCACCAAAUCCUUCAGCAUAUCACCAGCAUUUCCUCCGGACAUGUCUGGAUCGGCAUCUGCUUGUGUCUGGCCCUUUUCGCCACCGAGUUUACCAAAGUCCUCUUCUGGGCCCUUGCCUGGGCCAUAAAUUACCGCACGGCGAUCCGGUUGAAGGUGGCCCUCUCCACGCUGGUUUUCGAGAACCUGCUGUCCUUCAAGACAUUGACACACAUCUCUGCAGGUGAGGUGCUCAAUAUACUAUCAAGUGAUAGUUAUUCCUUGUUUGAGGCUGCCUUGUUUUGUCCCUUGCCAGCCACCAUCCCCAUCUUAAUGGUCGUUUGUGCGGUGUAUGCCUUUUUCAUUCUGGGGUCCACAGCUCUUGUCGGGAUAUGCGUGUAUAUCAUAUUCAUCCCUAUCCAGAUGUUUAUGGCCAAGCUCAAUUCAGCUUUCCGAAGAUCCGCAAUUUCAGUGACGGACAAGCGAGUUCAGACGAUGAAUGAGCUUCUGACCUGCAUCAAGCUGAUUAAAAUGUACGCCUGGGAGAAAUCAUUUAUAAACACGAUUCACGAUAUAAGAAAGAGAGAGAAGAAUUUACUGAAAAAGGCUGGCUAUGUCCAAAGUGGAAACUCAGCCCUGGCUCCCAUUGUGUCCACCAUAGCUAUUGUGUUGACUUUCACCUGCCACAUCUUCCUGAAGCGCACGCUCACUGCCCCUGUGGGGAAGGUCUUAGGGAUAUGCGGGAAUGUCGGAAGUGGGAAGAGUUCCCUCAUCUCGGCUCUCCUAGGACAGAUGCAGUUACAGAAAGGGGUCGUGGCUGUCAACGGACCUUUGGCUUAUGUGUCUCAGCAGGCGUGGAUCUUUCACGGGAAUGUGAGGGAGAACAUUCUGUUUGGAGAGAAGUACAAUCACCAAAGGUAUCAGCACACAGUGCACGUCUGUGGUCUUCAGAAGGACUUGAACAGCCUCCCUUAUGGAGACCUGACUGAGAUUGGGGAGCGGGGUGUCAACCUCUCCGGCGGACAGAGACAGAGGAUCAGCCUGGCCCGUGCUGUGUAUGCCAACCGCCAACUCUACCUGCUGGACGACCCGCUCUCGGCUGUGGAUGCUCAUGUGGGGAAGCAUGUCUUUGAGGAGUGCAUUAAGAAGACACUCAAGGGAAAGACUGUAGUCCUGGUUACCCACCAGUUGCAGUUCCUGGAGUCUUGCGAUGAGGUCAUUUUGUUAGAAGAUGGGGAGAUUUGUGAAAAGGGCACCCACAAGGAGUUGAUGGAAGAGCGAGGGCGCUAUGCUAAGCUGAUUCACAACCUCCGAGGACUGCAAUUCAAGGAUCCAGAGCACAUUUACAAUGUAGCCAUGGUGGAGACCUUGAAGGAGAGCCCAGCUCAGGGAGACGAAGAUGCUGUCUUGGCUUCAGGCGAUGAGAAAGAUGAAGGAAAAGAGCCUGAAAUGGAAGAAUUUGUUGACACAAAAGCUCCUGUGCACCAGCUGGUCCAGAUUGAGUCUCCUCGCGAAGGAAUCGUGACCUGGGAAACAUAUCACACGUAUAUUAAGGCUUCUGGAGGGUACCUGGUCUCUUUCCUGGUGCUGUGUCUCUUCUUCCUGAUGAUGGGCAGCUCUGCUUUCAGCACUUGGUGGUUGGGACUCUGGCUAGACAGGGGCUCCCAGGUCAUCUGUCCGCCCCAGAGCAACAACACAGCCUGCAAUGCUGACCAGACCCUGCAAGACACCGAACACCACAUGUACCAGUUGGUAUACAUAGCAAGUAUGGUGUCUGUGCUGGCAUUUGGCAUCAUCAAAGGCUUUACCUUCACCAACACCACACUGAUGGCAUCUUCCUCACUCCACAACCGUGUGUUCAACAAGAUCGUCAGGAGCCCAAUGAGCUUUUUUGACACAACCCCCACAGGCCGGCUUAUGAACCGUUUCUCUAAGGAUAUGGAUGAGCUGGAUGUGAGGCUGCCGUUUCACGCCGAGAACUUUUUACAGCAGUUCUUCAUGGUGGUGUUUAUUCUGGUGAUUAUGGCUGCCGUGUUUCCCGUUGUCCUUCUGGUUCUGGCUGGCUUGGCAGUAAUCUUCCUCAUUCUUUUACGCGUUUUCCACCGAGGAGUCCAGGAGCUCAAGCAGGUGGAGAACAUCAGCCGCUCGCCGUGGUUCUCCCACAUCACCUCCUCCAUGCAGGGUCUGGGUGUCAUCCACGCCUAUGACAAAAAGGAUGAUUGCAUCAGCAAGUUUAAGACACUGAACGAUGAGAACUCGAGCCACCUCUUGUACUUCAACUGUGCUCUCAGGUGGUUUGCGCUCCGAAUGGAUGUCCUCAUGAACAUCGUCACCUUUGUUGUGGCCUUGUUGGUGACCCUGAGCUUUUCUUCAAUCAGUGCUUCAUCCAAAGGCUUGUCGCUGUCUUACAUCAUCCAGCUCAGUGGACUGCUUCAGGUGUGCGUGCGAACAGGAACGGAGACCCAAGCCAAGUUCACCUCCGCGGAGCUGCUGAGGGAGUACAUUUCGACCUGUGUUCCCGAACACACUCACCCCUUCAAAGUGGGGACUUGUCCCAAAGACUGGCCAAGCCGUGGGGAGAUAACCUUCAAGGACUAUCGCAUGAGAUACCGAGACAACACCCCUCUCGUUCUCGAUGGGCUGAACUUGAACAUUCAGAGUGGGCAGACGGUUGGGAUUGUGGGAAGAACAGGUUCUGGAAAAUCAUCACUAGGCAUGGCUCUGUUUCGUCUGGUGGAGCCGGCCUCUGGGACCAUCUUCAUCGAUGAGGUGGAUAUCAGCACCGUGGGUUUGGAGGACCUCCGAACCAAGCUGACGAUGAUCCCCCAAGAUCCUGUCCUGUUUGUAGGUACAGUAAGGUACAACUUGGAUCCCUUGGGCAGUCACAGCGACGAGAUGCUCUGGCAUGUUUUGGAGAGAACAUUCAUGAGGGACACAAUAAUGAAGCUCCCAGAGAAAUUACAGGCAGAAGUCACAGAAAAUGGGGAAAACUUCUCAGUAGGGGAACGCCAGCUGCUUUGUAUGGCCCGAGCACUUCUCCGUAAUUCAAAAAUCAUUCUCCUUGACGAAGCUACCGCCUCCAUGGACUCCAAGACGGACACUCUUGUUCAGAGCACUAUAAAAGAAGCCUUCAAAAGCUGCACGGUGUUGACCAUCGCCCAUCGCCUAAACACGGUUCUCAACUGUGACCUUGUCCUGGUCAUGGAAAACGGGAAGGUGCAGGAAGUUCUGUUUUUCUCUGCUUUUCAGGUGAUUGAGUUUGACAAGCCCGAAGUCCUUGCCGAGAAGCCCGACUCUGCAUUUGCGAUGUUACUAGCAGCAGAAGUUGGACUGUGAAGGUCCCAUGGUUGAUUGGAGAGGAGGCAAUGGAUGGGUGAGAGGAGAAUUCUGAAGGUGGAGUCUUGCAGCCCUAGUCACGGUCCCUCCCACCCAUGGUGCACAGGGUGACCUGGGACCGAGAUGUGCCCUUUGCUCUGCCCAGCCCUUUUGGUCACCCCCCGUGGCGGACUCAGGGCUGGUUCUGGAUGGUGAAGAGUGCAGACAAAACUGGUGGGUGGGAAGCUGCCUCUCACCUCUGAAAACCCCGAGGGUCCCUCACGUGUCCCCACCAACACUGCAUAGUGCCCGAGAAUGGGUGCAUUCUAACUUUCUGCAAAAACCAGUCACGGCAAACAACGGGAACAUGCCCGAGGCUGGAGUUCUCAGGAUCUGCAGGAUUCUUCACUUCUGUUGCCAGACAAGGAAAGAGAACAUUGUUCUUUCCGUUUAACUUCAUCUCACUAUUGUCCCGACUACGUGACAUGCAGGAACUGCGCGGGUCCACAGCACGGGAGACAGAUGAUAGUGUUUGGCAUGAGAUUUUUCAAAGAAAUCAUAUUGUAUGUUGCAGUUGAUCUGUUAAAAUAACCAGAAAGCAAAACACUGGGGUUUCUGAAUAAAUGACAUUUUUAUAUCUUCUUUAUCGGUCAUUAAAAUGCAAUAAGAAACUAAA